AUGGCCUCUUUCAAUUGCCUUGCUUUAGCAUUCUUGAUUGCUUUGUCAUUUGCAAGCAUUGAUGUUGGGGUAGCAGCUCGUCACCUUCUGCAGCAGCCUCAACCGCAAAGUUUACCAUCUUUCCCUAAUCUCCCAACGCCAUCCCGACAAUCAUUCCCAUGGCCUGGGGCGCUUCCUCCACUUCCUACCACAUUGCCAACAGGACUACCCCCUCUGCCAAGCAUUCCCUCGGUCCCCACAAUCCCAACUGCAGUUCCCCUAUUCCUUUCUCUUUCCACCAUUGCCAUCUUUCCCUAA